CCUGGGAGUAAAUUGAAACUAGAUUCAAGCCCUGUAACUUAGGUGAAUUGCUAGAUAUGCAAGGUAUCAUAUCCUUGCAAAAUGGGCUCAAAGUACUUGGGGCCAAGUAUUUGAGCCGUACAUGUAACCAAGCACACCUGGGAGUAAAUUGAAACUAGAUUCAAGCCCUGUAACUUAGGUGAAUUGCUAGAUAUGCAAGGUAUCAUAUCCUUGCAAAAUGGGCUCAAAGUACUUGGGGCCAAGGAGCCCUCUGCGCGCCGCCGUUGCCCUUACAGCCCUAGUCAUAGUCGUAUUAGCUUUGUGGCACCGCCUUGGGCACCGAGUCGACUCUUCGUUAGCCGGAGUGAGCUUGGUGACUGUUCAUGUACCAAACACUACCGACAGGCUUCACACCAUCUGGACAGUCAAUGGGUCAUCUGCCAGCGGUAUGCAAUUGGAAGACAAACUCGGAAUCGCGGACCGGAUCGACGUGUACCACAACGUCAGUAAUCUGCCGGGCAAAUCCACCAUCCUCUUCGCCUACCGCCGCAGCAGCUGCCCAGACUGGAACCGCGAGCACCCUGAUAAGCUCUUCUCGAAUUCGGUGUUCACCAGCGUGCUGCCGGCAGGCGGCGUGUACGUUGACAUCGGGGCAUGCUACGGCGACACCAGCGUGCCUCUCGCCAUCCGUGCCGAUACGGUCAUCUCCUUUGAGCCCAACCCCUUCAGCUACAAGGUGCUGCAGCUUAACGCGGCGCUCAAUCCCGGGCUGGACAUCCGCACACACAACCUGGCGGCUGGGGACGGCCGGGUUUCGGAGCUGACCUUUACGUACGGCGGCGACAUGUGCAACGGCGGGGUGCUGGGCAGCUGGAAGGACGCCAGCACGGAGACAGCGAUCAAGGUCAAGGCGGUGGACAUCCCCUCCUUCCUGGCCAAGCAGUACGGCAAGGAGCUGCUGCAACGCAUCAGCGUGAUCAAGAUCGACGCGGAGGGCUUUGACAGCACCAUCAUCCGCACGCUGCGCCCGCUGACUCGCCACUCGCGCUUCGUGCUGCUGGUGGAGUGGUUUGACUACUUUGUGACCAGUCCGCCGCACGGCAACGAGGGGCCCGAGGGGGUGCACCCGGGCGCCAAGGAGCUCUUUGACGCCAUCGCGGCCCUGGGGUACGAACCCUUCGACCCGAUCUCCGGGGCGCGCGUUCCAGGGCCGCAGAACAAGCACAAGGUGCCGGACCUGCUGUGCAGGCCUGUGGGCGCUUAAGACAGGGGAUUUGUGGGGGUUUGGGUGGCCGGAGGUGGGGCUCUGGGGGCCAUGGAUGUGUUCAGCCCCCAGGUUGCCCGGGCGGGGGGUCAAAAGACCAUACCACACCUUAGAAAUCCACAGGUUAGGGCAAAGCAAUGGGGGUAGGAGGAGGCAGGGUGCCACAAGACAAAGUGGUGGUUAGUAUUCCCUACCGAUACCGAGUCCGCGGUGGUGAUGAACUGUUGACUCUCCAGCGAGCGGGGGGCGGGGCUCGAGGGCAGGUGUCGAAGCAGGUUGCCAUCUUACCAUGCCUUUACAAUGAGCUGAACGAGGGUUCCGGGGACCCACAGCGAUUCAUUACCAAUGGGGCGGGGCUUCUGCUAGCCUCUUAAGGUAUGUGUCCGUUCUAGUGGAUGUGUGAGGUGCCAUGAGAGGUGCGUGAGUCGAAGUUGCGGUGGCGAUGAUGGGGAAAAAAUAAAUGAGUCCCAGAUCCGGGGAGAGGUGAGCUGUGCUCCACACCGCCAGUGCUCAGAAGGUAGGAGGGCGCCAGAGGGAGCUGCAAUGCGAGGAAGUUUGCUUGUUGGCGCAUACGCACGUGCAAAAAGGAGUGUUCUAGGAUGCUGCGGAAAGGGAUGCUACUUUUGCGGAGCGUUUCAUGCAUGGCUGGGCAGCAUGCGCUGUGCAUCAAUGAGUGCAUGAUGGCCAGGGUAGAGCUGUCUGCUUGGACUACCGGUAUGCAGAGUUGCGGAAUGUCAAAGGCCCCUUUAACAAGCAAGAGUGAGAGUCAGUGAAUCCUGGAAAGUUCAGUGGGGCCGUAUUGACGCAGGGGCUUGGCCUUCCGUGUAUGGUGGAUGUGUGUGUGGGUGCAUGGUAGCGGCGGGACUUCCUUAUCUCUAUUAUGCUGUAAAGGAGCAAUUGUGCAUAUGAUUUGUAACAUCUUGCAACUUCGAGAAC